AUGGUUUCUAAAAUCAUUAUUGCAAUUUGCUUCGUGACCGUAGUAGCAGCCAUUCCAGCCCAGCCUGCAUUCACUGGCUGGGGUGCAGGUGGUGGAGCUGGUGUCCUCUUACCCCCAUGGAUAUCAGCAGCUCCUUGGUUUCCUCAAUGGACCCCUUGCACCACCGUUGGCAGCUCCUGUUCUGAUUGUUCAACUAAAAUAGUUUGUACCAAGAUCGGUGGACUACAAAGAGCUUGCACAGAUCCUACAAAGCCGUAUUGUAAUCUCGGUGAAUGCUCAGCAACCCCAUCUGAACAAUGCGCAGUACCAGUUGUACCAGCAAAUGCUGUGUAA